AUGAGAUUGGCUUGUCUGACCAGUUUACUGUGGUUUUUGCACUGCAUAUCUGCUAUAGAUACUACGGAUGUUAUAGCAUUACGAGACUAUGAUGGAAUAAUCGAAGUCUCGGAGUCAAAUUAUGAGUUUUUGAGCAGAGGAGCCAGAAAUUUCUAUUCUGUUCUACUUAUCACCACAACAGAGCUAACAUCUAAUGGAAGGUAUUGCGAUUUGUGUGAUGGAGUCGAAUAUAACGUUCGAAAGACUUCGAAAGCUGUACGGUCUCAACUGUCCGCGGAAAUUGACGCAGAAAUCAUGUUUUUCAAGUUGGAUAUCAGCCAACUGCCGUCUUUUGUUAACGACAUGAACUUGAAAACGAUUCCGCAUCUUCUGGUGUACCCACCUGGAGUUAACGAGACAGAUUUUGCUUGGCAUACAAAACCUUUUUUUCAAUUUGACGUAACGCCAGGAAGCAUAAAGGAUCCAGUAAGAUUUGCCGAUUUCUUGGCCCGCAUCUGCAACAUUCAUAUACAAAUACACCGGGAUUUUGACGCUAAUGAAUUUUUACAAUACUUCGUUCCAUGUUUGACUAUUUUUUACGUCUUCAAGAAAAAGAUCUUGCCUCUAAUCUCGAAUAAAUCCAAGUUCUUCAGCGGUCUGUUCGCAUUCGGAAUCAUAUUUCUUUCCAUCACUGGUUAUAAGUUCACACAGAUAAACGAAAUUCCGUUUUUAGCGCGAAAUCCUGAGGGCCAGGUGAUGUUUUUUAGCGGUGGCAUGCAUUGGCAAUUUGGGAUCGAAAUAUUCACGGUUUCAUCGAUGUAUUUGGUCAUGGCCAGCUCGUUGGUGGGGAUUAUCCUAGUAGCAAGUGUAGGAAAGCUCAAUGAAAACUUGAAAAACGCCUUUGCUGUUUUGUUACUUGGAAGUUUGAUGUACACAUUUUCCUAUUUCCAGUCCUGCUUUUUGAUUAAGAACCCCGCUUAUCCAUAUUCGUUUUAA